AUGUCGCCGCGCGAUUCGCAUACGACGCAGCAAAUGGUCGACACGGUCAAGGCCAUGUUCCCUGAUAUCCCUGAAGUGUCCAUUCGGUACGACUUGCUUCAGUCGGGAAGUGCAGAAGCGACGUGCGACCGUAUUUUGCAGGACGGAUACCUGCCCAUUCCUCCCCCACACUUUCCUGGCGCCGCCGAGCUCCGGCGGCCGCCUGCGACGCCGCGGGCCACACCAAGUACCGCGGCGCAGAGCAGCGCACCAUCCACGACGCAGGGAAGCACGCCGAAUCUCAUUACGCGCUACAAGCUGGACGAGCGUGUGCAAAAAGAAGACGCUGGCAUGGCGCCGGCCAGCAGCGUGUCCCCCCCCACUCCUGCUGUGGACUGGAACGCGCAAGCAAAAGAUCGCGAGGCGGCCCUGAAUGAACGCAAGGCGCAGCUGAUUCUCCAGGCACGUAAGCGCAUGGUCCAGCGCAAGGCGAGCGCCGAGUCCCACGCGACGUGA